AAUGAAAAAUGGAAAAAAAAAAAUUGGUUUAUUUAAAUAGACUGAUCGUGUCGUUUCGCUCCGCCCUUGUUUCUAGCAAUGCAAAUCCGCUCCGAUGAACUGCGCUGUCCGUCCCCUUAAGCCGAGGUCCGACGAGACCAUCCAGCCAGAAGCGCACACGGACCUGCCUUUAAGCCGGCAUCAAAGCCGAUUACAGAUCAUCUCAGAUGUGAUUUUCUUUUACCGUCUGUUCACUGGGUCAUUUUUGUACUCAGUUACAUGCAGGAUAAGCUUUUUUUCCCCCUCAUGUUAUCUGCUUGAUUGUGUUUUGCUGUUAUUUCUAUUAAAAAGUUAUCAUUUGGUAAAAUUGACGAGCUUUUGGUUCAGCCGUUUUUCAGGUUCAUUGGAGUAUUAGUUGCACCGCAUAAAAUAAUCCCACAGCAAAUAACUUUUAUAAUGAGGUUCGGCGGGAAAUUUUUUAUACCCUUCUUGUUAUAGCUUUAUCUAUUUUACUACAAUGUGAGAAGAACGCUGAAGUGUUAUGUAAGGUUAAUACAUUUUUUUACGCAGACGGAAAAUGCAGAAAAGUGUGAGAUACAAUGAGGGACAUGCUCUGUAUCUCUCUGUGGUUGCGCGUAAAGAAGGAACCAAGCGCGGAUAUCUCAGCAAGAAGACCACGGAGAACAGCCGAUGGCACGAAAAGUACUUUGCUUUAUAUCAAAAUGUCCUGUUUUAUUUUGAAAACGACCAGAGCUCUCGACCAUCUGGGAUUUAUUUAUUAGAAGGAUGCACAUGUGAGAGGGUCCCAGCCCCAAAAAUGUCCACUGUGGGUAAGGAGACGAUGGACAAGCUGCAGUACUUCCUGAUUGUUUUUGGCCACGAUGGGCAGAAACCGCUGGAGUUGAGGACGGAGGAAGAGGCGGAGUGCGAUGAGUGGGUGGAGGCCAUACAGCAGGCCAGUUACUCUGACAUCAUCAUUGAACGUGAGGUCCUGAUGCAGAAAUACAUCCACCUGGUACAGAUUGUGGAGACUGAGAAGGUGGCAGCAAAUCAACUUCGGACUCAACUGGAGGACCAGGAUACUGAAAUUGAAAGACUCAAAGCAGAGAUCAUCGCCUUGAAUAAGACCAAGGAGAGAAUGCGGCCUUAUCGGAUAUGUCAAAAGGAGGAAGACCCAGAUAUAAAAAAGAUAAAAAAGGUCCAGAGCUUCAUGCGUGGCUGGCUUUGUAGACGGAAGUGGAAGAUCAUUGUUCAGGACUAUAUCUGCUCUCCCCAUGCAGAGAGCAUGAGAAAGAGGAAUCAGAUCGUCUUCAACAUGGUGGAAGCCGAAACAGAAUACGUCCACCAGCUCUCCAUCCUAGUCAACUGCUUCCUGCGGCCGCUUCGCAUGGCGGCAAGCUCCAAGAAGCCGCCCAUCAGCCAUGAUGACGUAAGCAGCAUCUUUCUCAACAGUGAGACAAUUAUGUUUCUUCAUGAAAUAUUCCACCAAGGCCUCAAAGCAAGAAUAGCCAACUGGCCAACGUUAGUUCUAGCUGAUCUGUUUGACAUCCUACUACCUAUGCUGAACAUCUACCAGGAGUUUGUACGGAACCAUCAAUACAGCCUGCAGGUUCUAGCCAACUGCAAACAGAACCGGGACUUUGACAAGCUGCUUAAACAGUAUGAGUCCAAUGCAGCCUGCGAGGGGAGAAUGCUGGAGACCUUUCUUACAUACCCCAUGUUCCAGAUCCCCCGGUACAUCAUCACGCUUCAUGAGCUGCUGGCCCACACACCUCAUGAACAUGUGGAGCGCAAAAGCUUGGAGUUUGCCAAGUCGAAACUAGAGGAAUUGUCUAGGGUGAUGCAUGAUGAAGUUAGCGACACUGAGAACAUCCGCAAAAAUCUAGCCAUCGAGCGCAUGAUUGUGGAGGGCUGUGACAUUCUGCUGGACACCAGCCAGACGUUUGUGCGUCAAGGUUCUCUGAUUCAGCUUCCUUCUGUCGAGCGGGGGAAGCUCAGCAAGGUGCGCCUGGGCUCACUAUCCCUGAAGAAGGAAGGUGAGAGGCAGUGCUUCCUGUUCACCAAGCACUUUCUCAUCUGCACCCGCAGCUCCGGGGGCAAGCUGCACCUGCUGAAACAAGGAGGCGUUGUGUCUCUGAUCGAGUGCACACUCUUUGAGGAGCCUGAUGCCAAUGAUGAUGAAUCCAAGAACACAGGCCAGGUUUUCGGCCACCUGGACUUUAAGAUUGUGGUAGAGCCAUCAGAUGCUCCAGCAUUAACAAUAGUUCUGCUGGCCCCUUCCCGCCAAGAGAAAGCUGCCUGGACUAGUGAUAUCAGUCAGUGUAUUGACAACAUCCGCUGCAAUGGCCUCAUGACCAGCGUGUUUGAGGAAAACUCAAAAGUCACUGUACCUCACAUGAUCAAAUCCGACACUCGUCUCCAUAAGGAUGAUGUUGAUAUCUGCUUUAGCAAGACGCUCAACUCCUGCAAAGUUCCCCAGAUCCGCUACGCCAGCGUGGAGCGGUUGCUAGAGAGGCUGACUGACCUGAGAUUCCUCUCCAUCGACUUCCUAAACACCUUCCUGCACACCUACCGCAUCUUCACCACGGCCACAGUCGUCAUGGACAAAUUAGCUGACAUCUAUAAAAAGCCCUUUACCUCCAUUCCUGUCAGGGUCCAGUAUCAUUCAUUCGACCGUUUGUCCAUCACCUCCAUAUGUCCAGACUACAGUGGGAAGAUCAGGAAGCUUGCCUCGGAUCACUCAAAGUCUUUAGAGCUGUUCUUUGCCACCAAUCAGAAUAACCGCAGCGGGGAGUCCAGCAACGAGAAAUCUCCCCGUCUGUGUCGGAAGUUCUCAUCUCCACCACCCCUCUCGAUCUCCUCACGCACCUCUUCCCCAGUACGUGCUCGCAAGCUGUCGCUGAAUUCACCUGUUGGCACCAAGGUGGGUGCCUUGGACCUGUCCACCACCUCCUCUGUGUCCAGCAGUCCCACCUCCGGCCAAUACCCUAUCAUGUCUCCGCCACCUGGCAAUUCCAAGGCCCCCUUGGACCUAAGUAAGGGGCCCACCUCACCCGAGCAGUGUCCAGGGACCCCAGAGGACAACGGAGAGCUGCCUCGAGCAGAUGCUUUUUGUGGGAAAAUGCGGCGUAGCAUCCGGAGGGCGGUGUUGGAGUCUGUAUCACUGGACAAGUUUAGCCCAGAGACGCCUCAGGCCAGCGAAUCGGGCGAUUGUUCCCCUUGCCACUCCCCGUCUACACCCCGUCACCUCCGGUACCGACAGCCUGGAGUGCCAUCAGGUGAAAAUUCCCGUUGUACUGUGUCCCCCGCAUCAGCCUUUGCCAUCGCCACGGCGGCAGCUGGGCACAGCAGCCCUCCAGCUUUUAGCAACUCAGAAAGGAUGUGUGACAAGGAUUUUAUUAUACGCAGAGCAGCUACUAACAGAGUCCUGAAUGUCCUUCGUCACUGGGUCUCCAAACAUUCACAGGACUUUGAGAUGAACAGUGAGCUGAAGAUAUGUGUGAUCUCCCUGCUGGAAGAGGUGCUGCGGGACCCAGACCUGCUGCCCCAAGAGAGGAAAGCCACAGCAAACAUCCUCAGCGCUCUUUCUCAAGAUGACCAAGAGGAUGCACAGCUCAGGAUAGAGGACAUCUUGCAAAUGGCGGAAUGUCCCAAAGUGGAAUGCUUUGAAUCGCUAUCCGCAAUUGAACUGGCUGAACAGAUCACCCUGUUGGACCAUAUUGUCUUCAGGAGCAUCCCCUAUGAAGAGUUUCUUGGCCAGGGAUGGAUGAAGGUGGACAAGACUGAGAGGACACCUUAUAUCAUGAAGACGAGUCAGCACUUCAAUAAUAUGAGUAAUCUGGUAGCGUCUCAGAUCAUGUCCCACACAGACGUGGGUUCCAGGGCGAGCUCCAUUGAGAAGUGGGUAGCGGUGGCUGACAUCUGUCGAUGCCUUAACAAUUACAAUGGAGUUCUGGAGAUCACUUCUGCCUUUAAUCGGAGUGCCAUCUAUAGGCUGAAGAAGACAUGGACCAAAGUGUGCAAGCAGACAAAAGCACUGAUGGACAAACUGCAAAAGAUAGUUUCAUCUGAAGGAAGAUUUAAAAACUUAAGAGAAACCCUGAAAAACUGUAAUCCCCCCUGUGUCCCCUACCUGGGUAUGUACCUGACUGACCUGGCCUUUAUUGAGGAGGGCACACCUAACUUCACGGAGGAGGGCCUUGUCAACUUCUCCAAGAUGAGGAUGAUAUCACACAUUAUUCGAGAGAUUCGACAGUUCCAGCAGACCCCAUACAAGAUUGAACACCAACCAAAGGUCACUCAGUACCUACUCGACAAAACCCUAAUUAUGGAUGAAGACACACUAUAUGAUCUGUCACUCAAGAUUGAACCCAGAUUACCAGCUUAGACAGUCUCUUCUGUAGGGCUCUGGCAAGAUGUAGGCGCUGUCGACUUGGCAGCUGCAUGAGUACUAUUUGUAUUGGAUGGGUAGAGGUUGCUGUCAGUGAGUUAUCUGGGAGAGAGCAGCAUGUUGAGAAACAAGCAGAGUAAUUCCCAUGAAAUGCAAUGGCUAGACAGGAAGAAUGGCAGUGCUUGCAUUGUGGGUGCAAAGUGAAGAGCAGGAAGUAGAAAUGGCAUCUCACUCUUGCCUGGCUGCUUCAUUUGUGCUAAAUGGAAGGUAAAUGAGGCAACAGGAGCUGUUGCCAUGGAGACAGUGGAGACAAAAACAAUGUGAUUAUUCAUUCUGGUAGAAAUUAUUAAAGGAAAAAGUAAUAUAUUUAAAGUUAUGUAGCAUGUACAGAACUUCUCAGCACAUUGACUUCCUUCCUUACCAGUCACCCUUUAUUGACUCACCGUAGAUUACAGCUAUAAAGUCCGUGCUUAAUAAUGUUAAUAAGGAUCAAUUAAAGUUGGCAAAAUAGAGUAUUCUAACCACAGCUGAGUGCAGCAUGAACAAACCUAGUGAAUUUUUAGUAUGCUUUAGAAAAACAGUCUUUUUUCUUAGUAGGCCUGUAUACUUGUUCAUUAUUGUAAAUUAUAAUGUGUUCAUAGGAAAUAAGGUUCUUCCGUGAUUCCAUGGAAUUUUAAAUUUUACUUUCCUAAUUGUCCUAAUCUAUCUUCUAUCUUAAGAAUCUUUUGUUUUAGAGCCAGCUGCUUAUUGUAGCAGGCCAGAGUCUAGUUAAAAUGAAAGUAGAUAAUUGAGGUGCCUUUUAUUAAGAUGCAAGAAAAACACAUAUGUAUUAAUGUCCUAGAUUAUUUGCUUUUUCAUGAUGAUGAUUAUCAUUAUUAUCACUACUUAAAAUCCAGAGCUUACUUAUGAUCUAUUCACAGUAAAUAUUUUUAAAUAGAAAAAAACCUAUCAUGACCAAUAAUAUAUUUCAAGAGAUCAAAAUUAAAAUCAUAACCAAUGCUUUUAGAAAUCACUAACAUUCAUUGUGUAUGAAGUGAAGCACCUGGUGAUAUUUGUAGGUCUUGCCCUUUCACAAAUGCUGAGGAGUUCUGUUCAAUCUUGGACCUGCCAGUGGCAGCAAACAGGAAGGCAUCUGAGUGACCUUUCUCUGGAAGCCAUGGGAGACUCUACUGUAAAGUACAAAAUUAUGCCACGAGUUAAAGGGACCGCGGUAACUUUGAGCGAUUCACUUCCUUCACAGGUGAUUGCAAGCUCAGCUUAGAGGAAACUAUCUUAAUUGACAUUUUUCAAUUUAUGCUGUGAUGUUUCUCUUUUCUACUUAUGCUUGCUGUCCAAAUGGUAAUGACCGUAUGAACGAGGUCACCAGUGUGUGUGGCUUAAAUGAGGAUUCUAUGCUGGGUUUCCAAGCUCACUAUCCGUGUUGGUGAAGAGUUUAGUGGUCUGGGGGAGCUCAGACAAUAAGAGUCAUCUGGGGUAGCUUGGGGUAUCAGGCAUUCCAGACAUGUCCACUGGGCGGAGGCCCUGAGGCAGACCCAGAAUAUGCCUGAGGAAGAAGAGGUCUGGCCUGACCUGCCUAGCAUGUUACUCUCAUUGUCCACUGUUCAUUGUGGUAGGACUACAGUACCUAUAGUAAUGGCAGCUUAACAGGUGUGUUUGUAUAACAAUUUUUGCUUUUUGGUCCAAUAUAUAGAAAAUGGAAAUAUAACCUGACUGAACGACUGAACAAUGAAGCUUUUUAAAUAUUUAUUUUUGUUUAAUUUUAAUGUUCAAUAUUUAUUUUGCGUCUAUUUAAGUUCACGGUUCUUAUUUAACAUCUAUUACAAUAUUCAGCCCUGUCAGGUACUGCUGUUUAUACUCUUAAUGUUGAACUGGGCACUGUCUCAGUUACACUAUUGCUAAAUCCUAAGUCUUAGGCACUUAUUCCGAUACCAACAUACCAAUAUUUAUAAUUUGUCUUUGAAAACUGCAGGUUUUUGUUCAAUUUGAAAAAGACACCCUUUAAAUGCCUUUCACCACCAUUGCAAUAAUAAUUUAUUUUGAAUUUGUCUGAUUUCAGUCUUUGUGAAAAUCAUGUACCAUCUGUGCUACUUCAUAAUAGAGAAAUAGUCCUGACAUUUGGGUAUCAUAGAAAAUGCUGAUAAAAUGCCAUUUUAAAAUAUCUUUGUAUGGUUUGAGUAAUGAUUGGUAUGAUUGGUUAACUUAUAGAAACAAACUGCAUGUAAUUAAUUGUAUGCAUGUAAGAAACGGUACAUUAUAAAAAAAAAAAGUAGUCAGUGUAGGUAUUCUAGGUAACUACUGUGUCUUUCGUGUGUCUUUUUUUUUUUACAAAAAAAAAUGAAUAAUAAGAAGAAAUGGACAAACUGUUGCAAUGCAGUUGCUUAUUUAUCAGAUGAUCAGAUUUACCCAGCUUUUGCUUAAAACAUGUACAGUAAAAUCAAGGAACUGGCUUGGAACAAAAUAAAAACUGUGUAAAACCAGAUGAACAAGAGAGAAUUAUGGGUGCUUGGUGUAGCUUCAUAUAUGGUGACUGGAGAAUAUACUACAUAGAGAAACUGCUAAGAAUUUGGGGCCAGAGGAAGAAAUCACUGGACAAUCUGUUGACCUAAGUUAACCAGUGGGAACCACCUCAAAGUGCUGAAUGAUGUUAAAGUAGUAUGAAAAUGACAAGAUGGUGAAGGGAUCAGGUGGGGCAUUCUCUGCAGCUUUGUUAAGUUUACAGAUUUUUUUUUCCUUGUAAUGGUAUAAUAUUUCAUACUUGUUUGUACGUUACAAUAUUUUGUUAACGUUUGGAAUAUUUAAAAAAUGAUUUGUAAAGACAUUUCAAUCUUUUGUUUUAUGUGUCAUUAAUAUUUUCCUUUUACUUUCUGUAACUUCGGAAGAUGGCAAAGAAACAAAAUGUAGCACAAAUACAAAGUGGAUUUUUCCUGAUGUCUGAUGCCAUGAAAUAGCACAGUGUGCGAAUCCAGACAUGUACUAUGCAUUACUGCAGAAACACAUAAGGCUGCAUGCUGUGCAUGUUCCCCCAUCAUACUUCCCACUUCAGCACAUGCAUAUGUACAUUUACUGUAUUAUAUCUCUUUUUCUUUGUCCUUUGACUGUUAUGGAGGAUGUACAGCUAAUCUACAGUAUCUUAACUUUUUGCCUGUAUGUAAAAUAAAAUGUCUUUUCAGUUAA